AUGAGCACGCCAGUGAAAAAGAAAGGGAAGUUUGCCACUGUACUCAGCAUAGAUGGAGGUGGAAUCAGGGGCAUCAUUCCCGCACAAAUACUCGCUUUUCUCGAAGCCAAACUUCGGGAAUUGGACGGACCAGAUGCAAGGAUUGCGGAUUAUUUUGAUGUCAUCGCCGGAACUAGCACCGGUGGGCUAAUAGCCACAAUGCUUGCUGCCCCGAAUGCCGAAAACCGGCCACUUUUCGAGGCGAAAGACAUCGUGAAAUUCUACUUGGAUAACAGUUCCCUGAUAUUUCCGAAGAACAGUCGGGACAACAUUUUGAAAUCCUUCACUUACAAUGUUUUUGGAGGGCCGAAAUACGACGGGAAGCAUUUGAGAGCAGUGAUAAGGCAAUUGUUGGGCAAUCUGACUAUAUCUCAGACAUUAACAAAUCUAGUCAUUCCGGCAUUCGAUAUCCGGCAUCUUCAACCUGUUGUUUUCUCUACCACAGAUGCCAAAUUGAAUGCAUACAAGAAUGCUCUGUUGUCAGAUGUGUGCCUCAGUACUUCUGCAGCUCCAACUUAUCUCCCACCACACUAUUUCGAGACCAAGACUGCAGAAGGGAAGCCCUACACUUAUGAUAUGGUUGAUGGUGGAGUCGCGGCUAAUAAUCCCAGCUUAAUGGCUAUAACUAACAUUACAAGACACAUUUAUGAUGGCGAGUUUCAAGCGGUGGAUCUGAAUCCCAUGGAAGGCAGUCGAAUGCUAGUGUUGUCACUGGGCACGGGAAUUCCCAAACACGAGGAAAGAUACACCGUCGCUAAGGCCUCCAAAUGGGGUCAGCUUGGUUGGAUACUAAACAAUGGUGCCACUCCGAUUCUGGAUAUCUUUUCUGAUGCUAGUUCAGAUAUGGUGGAUGUUCAUGUUUCCACACUCUUCCAAGCCCUCCGAAGGCAGGAUAAUUACCUCCGGAUUCAGGAAGAUGAGUUGGCUGGGGAAGCUGCGUCAUUGGACGUGGCGACUUCGAAGAAUCUGGAUACGCUGGUUGAAAUCGGGAAGAGUAGGUUGAAGAAACCGGUGUCGAGGGUGAAUUUGGAUAAUGGAAGAUACGAGCCUACUCAAGGUGAGGGAACAAAUGAAGAAGCUCUGACCAAAUUUGCCAUGAGACUUUCAGAGGAGAGGAAAUUCAGGUUGUCUCCUAUUGAGAGCUCCUAGUAAUGUUUCUCCAGAUGAAUAUUUGUGCAUGUGGGAAUGUCCAAGGAAGAAAUUUUCAUUGGAUUGUGAGGGACCAAUGUCUUGUUAGACCAUGACUGACCCUUGUGAUCUAUGUGCAAUAAAUUACGAGGUGCAUGCUUUAGCACCUCAAUGUACUGUUUGUUUCAUUUUAAAUUGUAUAUUAUGUGCGAUUGUGUAUCAAUAAUUACGUUAUGGCACGUUGAUUAUCCUUGUAUUGACCACUCAUAAGCAAACAUAUUACAAAUAUUAUUGUGUCAAAAUCAUAUGAAUUUUGAGGUUAAUAUUUUUUUUCCUCAUUAAUUUUUCAAUGUGACAGG